UCAACUGAAGCGGAGACAAACAGGAAGUGAUCCAAAUCUUAUUUUCUUCACUUCAAUUCAAAGUUACUCUGCUGGAAGACUACUCCUCAUUGUUCCUCUGUGCUCCAUGUAAUGAGUUUUAGUUGAUCCUUCGGCUACUUACAGCUGUGUUUCACUUUCUCAUCAUUCAUUUCUCGCAGGGAGAGAGAGGACCUGGUUUUGGCUGCAGGGUGUGUUCAAAGUUGAACUUUUGUUGCUAAUAAUUAUUUGCUACAGUUUGACGUGUAGUCCAAAGGUUCUCCAGCUCCGUCACUGACAUUGAAAUUUUGCAAGAUGGCUUCUGCAUGGGAGAGCGCCCUGUCUCUGCACCAGAGGAUAGUGGACAAUGGAGACAAGAGGACUGACCCGUGGCUGCUGGUCUACUCCCCCGUCCCGGUGGCACUCAUCUUCCUCGUUUACCUCUGUGCGGUCUGGGUCGGCCCUCGUCUGAUGAAACACAGGGAACCUGUUGACCUCAAAGUUGUCCUCAUUGUUUACAACUUCGGCAUGGUCGGCCUGUCUGCUUAUAUGUUCCAUGAGUUCCUGGUGACUUCCUGGAUCUCAAACUAUAGCUACCUCUGUCAGCCUGUAGACUACAGCACCAGCCCACUGGCAAUGAGGAUGGCCAAUGCCUGCUGGUGGUUUUUCUUCUCCAAGGUCAUAGAGCUCAGUGACACGCUCUUCUUCAUCCUGAGGAAGAAGAACAGCCAGUUGACUUUCCUUCAUGUCUACCACCAUGGCACCAUGAUCUUCAACUGGUGGUUAGGAGUCAAGUAUGUGGCAGGAGGACAGUCAUUCUUCAUCGGCCUGCUCAACACCUUCGUCCACAUUGUGAUGUAUUCUUACUACUUCUUGGCUGCGUUCGGCCCUCACAUGCAGAAGUACCUGUGGUGGAAGCGAUACCUCACCUCUCUGCAGCUGAUUCAGUUCAUGAUGUUUCUUCUGCACACGGGCUACAACCUGUUCACAGAGUGCAACUUCCCCGACUACAUGAACAUGUUGGUGUUUGGUUACUGCAUCACUCUCAUCAUCCUCUUCAGUAACUUCUAUUAUCAGAGCUACCUCAACAAGAAGAAGCAGAAAUAAGAUGUGGUGGCGAAGUAUUACGGACAAUCAAACACACACCAAGGCUCUAUGAGAGGCGCUGACAUGAUGAUGUGACCGGAGUGUUGUGUCAGCUGGAGGGAUUUUGUUUCCUGUGUGCAGUACUCACCUGGGUCAUUAGAGGGCACAACAUGCCCACAGUCUGCAGGUUUUUCUCAUGGUGUUCUUAACUUGUCACCUGUCAGUAAAGCUCUACGAUCAAAUUUGAAUUCAUGAUAUAAAUAUUUUACAGACAUAAUAAUGUGUAAUUCCUGUGUUUUUUGUGUUUUAUAAAGAGGGUCAAACACACA